GGGGGUUGGGCGGUGAGAGAGCGCCUGUGGGGAGGGCAGCGUGUCGAGGUCGCUUUCCUCAGGAGAUGGCUUUCUUCCGUUAAUAUCCGUAGUCUUCACUGCCCGAAAAACCUCUCAGUGUCUUCCUUGUUGUUCCCUAGGAUUAACCUUUCCCUGCCUUUCAGGGAACCCAGACCACCUCCUCUCAGGAGAAGGAGAUGGACGAACGGAUUGUAUAUUAACUGACUUCACGCUACAGGUGGAGGGUCGCGUUUGGGCUCUGUGUAGGAAGCUCCCUGCCUUCAACAAGUCAGCACAAUUCCAUCCUAAGCUUAGUGUGGAGUCUGUUCACCAUGAAAGUGAAAAUCAAGAGCUGGCAUGGAGUCGCCUCUUGGCUCUGGGUUGCCAAUGAUGAGAAUUGUGGAAUUUGCCGAAUGGCUUUCAAUGGCUGCUGCCCAGACUGUAAGGUGCCUGGAGAUGACUGCCCUCUGGUAUGGGGUCAAUGUUCACACUGUUUUCACAUGCACUGCAUUCUCAAAUGGCUCAACUCCCAGCAAUUUCAGCAACAUUGUCCAAUGUGCCGGCAGGAGUGGAAGUUCAAAGAGUGACUCUGGCAUUUUUCUUUUUCCCCCUAUUCCCCUUUUUGGAUUUCAUGGAUUGCUCACUUGUUGAGGACUGAAUUUCUGCCCAGCCUUGGAAAACAUACUUGUACAAUAUUGAAGAUGUCUUCUACCUUUCCAGGGUUAUUGAAGGGAAAACUGAAGGAUGAUGGAGGAAAUGGAAUCACUGUUAGCCUAUUGAUAGCUAACACUGCCCACCAUAUAUAAACAGCACUUUUGCCUUCUACAGUUCUGGUCUUUAUGCCCUUCUGCAAUACUACACCCUCUGUGAUUUCUAGGCAUUGUCGUUGGUAGGAAAAUCUAAAGUACUGGAUAGAUAAAUUCCAUAAUGAGCUAUUAGUGUUUUUCAGAACCUGGACUCCCUAACAGUGUUUUGGUCUACAUCUUGAUGUUUUCCCUGAAAUCCCCUAGGCUUGGUUCCUCAGAGGUCUGUACCUCAACUGCACUAAGAGUUGAGAGUCAUAGUAAAAUGGUAUCUUCCAAUUAAAUACACCCCAACGAUUUGUGUACUGAGGAAUUGUGGCUAAACCUUCCCCUUCUAUUCUUUGUAUCUUUUUUUGAGCCGUAUUCUUCUUGUCACCUUUUUUCUUGGCGUCCUACUGCUGUGUUCUGCUCAGCCAGCAUACAGCCUUUAGGCCAUAAUCCUGAAACCCAAAUGGUCAAACGGUGUUUCUUUGAUUAUAGCAGAAUUUUAGUAUUACAUGGUUUAAGACUGCAACAUUCAGUAUAAAUGUAGAUUUACAGAAUUAUUAGGGGGAAGGGGUGGCAGGAGGAGAGAAUAACUGCAGGCUUGUGCCUGCAUCUUGCUACAGACUUGGCUUGUAAAUACAAUAAUAUGUUUGUUUCCCAAAGGUAAUAAUUCCAGAUCUCUCAUGGUGCCAAGCACUUGCCCACAAUGUAAAUGAGCUCAUGGGGAGGUUCCAAUAAAUUAAGUGAUGUGA